GUGAAGCGGAUUUAGACAGCAGCCGUAUCUAUCUCCUAAGUUAAGCAGUGUCAAACUGAACUGAAGUUGGGAACGAUUGGAAAUCCGCGUCAAACAAGUGUCUGUUCGGUUCCAACGAAACCUACCUUAAAUUAAUCGUUCUAAAUAACCUGUGCUUUCACAGAGCUGACUGAUCUCUGUGAGAUUGCAAAAACAUUCUCUAUAAAACAUUGUUGCCUACCGUUUACCGCAAAAAUGAUGAUGCACUCGUCUCAGAAGGACACAACAUACACAAAGAUAUUUGUCGGGGGUCUUCCAUAUCACACCACGGACUCCAGUCUCAGGAAAUACUUCGAAGUGUUCGGUGAUAUCGACGAGGCUGUUGUUAUAACAGACAGACAGACUGGCAAAUCCAGAGGUUAUGGAUUCGUGACGAUGGCAGACCGGGCGUCUGCGGACCGAGCCUGCAAGGACCCAAACCCCAUCAUCGACGGCCGGAAAGCCAAUGUGAACCUGGCCUACCUGGGGGCCAAGCCCAGGGUCAUGCAGCCAGGUGAGGGGAUGGACGCGCUGGCGGAGGGCUACGCCACACGUUUAUUUCACAGCUUGGACGACCAAGGUUUCUCAUUUGGUGUUCCUCAAAUCCAUCCAGCGUUCCUCCAGAGGCCUUAUGGGAUCCCAGCCCACUACGUCUACCCCCAGGCCUUUAUGCAGCCAAGCACCAUGGUCAUCCCUCACAGCAUGCAGUCGCCCGCCGCCACGGCCUCCGCCGCCUCCUCCCCGUACCUCGACUACACAGGAGCAGCCUACGCUCAGUACUCCGCCGCAGCUGCCAGCGCCGCGGCCGCCGCUGCCUACGAGCAGUACCCGUACGCAGCCUCCCCGGCCCCUGCGGGCUACAUGGCUGCAGCAGGGUAUGGUUAUGCAGUCCAGCAGCCCCUAGCAGCCGCAGCCACCCCAGGAGCUGCUGCUGCAGCUGCUGCCUUCGCCCAGUACCAGCCUCAGCAGCUUCAGGCAGACCGCAUGCAGUAACUGACCACAACUACUACUAUUACUGAGCCUGGAUAACAGAAGAGGGGGAGGCUAUAGAGAGGAGGGGGGAGGUCCUA